AUGGAGUUUCUCGAGCUCCCAAAUGAGAUAUUAUCACGGAUCAUCUCAUUUCUUGACACACCGAGUCCAUUUGAUACAGACCUCUCUCAGAAGCCAGCUUUAGACUGGCCAAAGGAUAACAACUCGAACUCGAAACUGCGAAUCCAAACGCUAAAGAGUGUUUCAACCACGAAUCAAUUACUGCGGUCUCUCACGCUGCCACUCUUGUUCAGGGAUGUCAUCUUCGACCCUGUCUGGCUGAGCGACUUUUUAGCCUUCUUGAAGGAAAAAGACCUUGUGCAGCGAGUAGCAAGUGUCGUGGCCGUUGUCUCGGGCCACUAUAACCAUAUCCACCCCGCAUGGUGGGCACGAUUGCUCAACGAGGUACCAGCAACUCGAUUGCAUAUCAUUGCAGCACCUCACAUCCUGGCCGAACUCAUUGGAGUUUCUUCCUGGAGUACAGAUGCAUGGGCAUUUGAUAUACCGCAUCAGAUCCUCAGUCUUGAACAAUCUCCCGAGACCACGACGCAGCAAAUCAAUUAUGACGAACUCCCUACCUUUCUCAAUGCACGUCCAUGGAUUGGCUUGACUGCCAACGAAGGGUCAAGUGUGUUCGCAUACACAACCUAUGAAUACUUCUUUAGGAGAACACCAUCACUGCUCUCUGCACUGGCUCCAAGCAGCUCGAUCUCUGGAGAUGCAAUGUUCGCCAACUUGAUAAGUUUUGAAUAUGUGGCAAUAUUCCCUUUCUACAACCACGUGGACGAAGUGUUGAAAUGCAUCCAAAAGAUGACCUGUCUUCAGAAAUUGUCAAUCAAGCUGUGUCCUGAUGCAAACAGCAGCACCCUGCAGGAUGAGGCAGAGGCUGCCGGCGGCCAUCUCGACAUCAAUGAUCCCUGGAAUGAAUGCGAUACAUCGUGGAGGUUGAUCGCCCACAAUGUCGCAGCACUCACGAGGGUAGGUGUUCUUCAAGAACUACGAAUGGUCGAUGUUCAGAUCGAAGCGGUUAGGGAAGCAUUGGAGAGUACACUGGAAAGGAUUCUAAAGGACUCCUGGACAUAUUUCGGGCAAGAGUCCGGUCUCUGGCUCCGGAACCAGAAGUAA